GAUGAUGUUUUCCGGCGUGACGAUUGAGUAUUGCCAAUCCUACGUAGCAUACACACACAUAUAUAUAUAUAUAUAUAUACAAACCCACCAAGAAUCAAUAACCAGAGAGGAUCAGAAGAAAUGCUUAUGGUGAAUGGGGUGAAGAUGCCGUCUUUCGUCCAAUCCGAAACAUCGGAUCACAGGGUAACAACCUGCAAAUAAACAUCUCCCCAUACCUCUAACCAUGGAAGACGGUUGCCAACAACGACAACAACAACCAUGCUUGUGGUGUCCUCUCUCUUUUGUCCCUUUCUUGCCUCUUUGGCCACCGAGGUUGCUAGAGCGGCUUGGCAUGGCUUUUCACCGAAUCUGGGAAAAGGGUUCAGAUCAAUCUGAGAGAGGAAACACAAAUCAGAGGAGAAGAGAGAACAAGAAGAAUCUGACAAAUCUUAUGGCGCGAGAAAAGGUCUCAACGUUGAAAGGGUAAACAAUAUUUUUUUCAACCCCAAGCUUUCAGACAAGAGUCUCAGUCAACGGCAGUUCAACAAACGUGGACCCUCAUCGUUUCGUGGUGUACUUGCGUCGGAAACUUCAAGAAAUCAAAAUCACUCGCCAGAAAUUUUUCCCCAGAAAAAAAGAAGAUGGAUGGGGUUGGGGAAGAUGCUGAUGCUCUGAUUGUUGUUUCGUUCCUUUUUUUUAAGUAAGAAUUUCUCGUUUUUAUACGAUGAUGGCGAAUAUUCGGAAAACGCAAUGGAUGGGUUGAUGCUGAUGAUGACGCAAUCUCCAUUGGGAACUCAAGUCCAACGAACUGCGUGUCGUUUGCGUGUUUCAGUUUCUGCGUCUUUUGUCGUUUUCUGGUGGACGAUUUUUGGUUAAUAUCCGGAUUUUUUUUCCUUUUUGUUUUUAUAAUUCAUCCCACAAACGAGAUCAUCAACGUCCUCGAGUGGUAAAAGCAUCCAUCUCACAUAGAAAAGAUGUGAUUAAGAGUGAAGACAUGGAGAUUUAUGACUAGAAUUUUUCAGAUAUCUUUGGAUUCGAAAAUGGGCGCUGCCGGAAGACGACGACGACGAUGUUGACAUGUGUUUCAGGCUCCGACAAGUUUACCUGUGUCGGGGAUUUUCAUGUCUGGCUAAAUCGCACAUUUUUCCAACUUCGAUUAGUUCUCGAAUAAAAACCCUAGUUCAACAAGGAGAAUACCGGCAAGCUCUGCAUUUGUACACCAAGCACGGUUCUUCCCCAUUACGGACCUCCAUCUUCACCUUCCCUUCUCUUCUCAAAGCUUGUGCUUCUCUUCCAAACCUCGACUAUGGUAAAACCAUUCAUGCCUCUGUUAUCGUAUUGGGCCGGCAAUACGAUCUCUAUAUUGCGUCCUCACUCGUCAAUAUGUACGUGAAAGGCGGAUUGCUGGAUUACGCAGUCCAAGUGUUCGAUGUUUUGUCUGAGAAUGGGGUCUCUUCCCAGGAUGUCACGGUUUGGAACUCUAUGAUUGAUGGGUAUUUCAGAUUUGGACAUUUUAAGGCGGGAGUCGAUCAGCUCCGUCGAAUGCUGGAAUUGGGUGUAAGGCCUGAUGCUUAUUCGUUAACCAUUGUUGUUGGCGUCUUGUGUAAAGAUGGAAACCGUGGGCGGGAGGGAGGAAAGCAGAUUCAUGGGUAUAUGCUGAGGAAUUCGUGGAAUGGAGAUUCUUUCUUGGAAACUGCUCUAAUUGAUAUGUACUUCAAGUUCGGCUUAUCAACGAAUGCGUGGCGUUUGUUUGUUGGGAUGAAAGAUAAGGCAAAUAUUGUGAUAUGGAAUGUGAUGAUUGUCGGAUUCUUGGAUAAUGGACUCUGGGAAUCUAGUUUGGAACUGUACACGCUAGCUAAGAGUAAUAGUGUCAAGCCUGUUUCCACUUCCAUUACAGGAGCUCUAGGUGCUUGUGGUCAAAGUGAGAAUGUUGAUUUUGGGAAGCAGAUCCAUGGUGAUGUGGUAAAAAUGGGACUUGAGCAUGACCCAUUUGUCUGCACUUCUCUACUUACCAUGUAUGGAAAAUGCAGUUUGGUUGACGAGGCAGGAACUAUCUUCCAUAACAUUCCAGAUAAAGGACUUGAAAUAUGGAAUGCAAUCAUUGCAGCAUAUGCAAACAAUGAUUGCGGGCACAAUGCUUUGGAAUUGUUCGACUCGAUGAGACAGAAAAAUGUUAUGCCCGAUUCCUUCACCUUGUCGAACAUCAUAACAUGUUGCAGCAUGCUAGGGUUAUAUGAAUAUGGUAAGUCGAUUCAUGCAGAACUGGUUAAAAGGCCUAUACAAAGUAAGGCUACUGUAGAGAGCGCGUUACUGACUAUGUACUCUAAGUCUGGUCGUGAUAACGAUGCUAGUUUAGUCUUCAAUUCAAUGGAAGUAAAGGAUUUGGUUGCAUGGGGUGCCCUGAUAUCGGGGUUUUGCAGAAACGGUAAAUUUACAGAGGCUCUGGAAAUUUUCAGGUGCAUGAAAAAUAGUGAGAGCUUAAGACCUGAUUCCGACAUCAUGGCCAGUGUUAUAAAUGCAUGUACAGGAUUAGAGGCUCUCGGUUUUGGUCUUCAGGUUCAUGGCUACAUGAUGAAAACUGGAUUAGAGUUGGAUGUUUUCGUAGGCAGUUCCCUUAUUGACCUGUAUUCCAAAUGUGACGUACCAGAAAUGGCUUUCGAAGUAUUCUCAGGCAUGCCACGUAAGAACAUCGUUGCUUGGAAUUCAAUGAUAUCUUGCUACAGCCGAAACAACCUCCCGGAACUGUCAAUAGGUCUUUUCCAUGAGAUGGUCGAUCAUGGUUUCUUUCCGGAUUCAGUGUCCAUCACAAGCGUUCUUGUAGCAAUCUCAUUAACCGCAAGAUUGCUGAAAGGGAAAAGCCUACAUGGGCAUACGAUAAGACUCAACAUACCUUUCGACACCCACCUAGAAAAUGCUUUGAUUGAUAUGUAUAUGAAAUGUGGAUUUUUGGAGUAUGCCCAGAAUAUAUUCAGGAGAAUGCUGCACAAAACUCUGGUCUCGUGGAAUCUGAUGAUUUCUGGGUAUGGAUCCCAUGGCAAUUACCUCGGAGCAUUGGCUUUGUUCGACGAGAUGAAGAGAGCAGGAGAAGAACCCGACGAUCUGACUUUCCUAUCUCUGAUUUCAGCUUGCAAUCAUUCAGGCUUUGUGCAGGAAGGGAAAACAAGAGUCUCAGUCAACGGCAGUUCAACAAACGUGGACCCUCAUCGUUUCGUGGUGUACUUGCGUCGGAAACUUCAAGAAAUCAAAAUCACUCGCCAGAAAUUUUUCCCCAGAAAAAAAGAAGAUGGAUGGGAAUUUCUCGCAAACAUGGUGGAUCUUCUUGGACGAGCCGGGCAUUUAGAAGAGGCUUACAGUUUUGUUCGAGCGAUGCCCGUUGAGGCAGACAAGAGCAUAUGGCUGUGCCUCUUGUCGGCUUCAAGAACUCAUCAUAACGUGGAGCUCGGAAUACUGUCUGCUGAGAACUUGCUGAGAAUUGAACCGGACAGAGGUAGCAACUAUGUUCAGAUGAUUAAUCUUUAUAUGGAAGCUGGAUUGAGAGAAAAAGCGGCGGAAACGAUGGCUCUGAUGAAGGAGAAAGGAUUGCAGAAGAAACCCGGUUGCAGUUGGAUCGAGGUGAGAAACAGAACGCGUGUUUUCUUCUCAGGAAGCUCCUAUUCUUCAUCAAUGGAGGCUGAGGUUUUCAAUGCAUUGAAUAGCUUAAAGUGUAACAUGAAGAAAGAAAAUAACGAAGACUCGGACAAGAUGACAUUCCGGGAAGUGAUUUUGUAGAAAUAAGGUUUGUUCCGACAUAAUACGCAAUACUCGUACUUGUGUCCGGUUAUGAAUAACCGAAUCCGAAAAUUAUUUAAAGCACAUUCAUAACAAAAAAAAUUGCAUAGUAUUGAUAAACGAGUUCGAGUAUUUAAAAUU